CUUUUGCCGUGAUUGACAGCUCGCCCCGCCCGUCGCUUGCUCCGUCUCUGGGUUGAUCGCAUGAUGGGCGGAUCGGGCCGGAAGCAGCAUGGCGGCCUCACUGCCCAGGACACAGAUCCCGAGUAACAAUGCUGUGUACGAGAAAUACUUCCUCCAGGUGGAGUCCAAAAACUCUGGGAAAGUCUUGGCUGGAGAUGCUGCUCUUUUCCUGAAGAAGUCGGGGCUACCAGAUUUGGUGCUGGGCAAGAUUUGGGAUUUGGCAGACACAGAAGGCAAAGGAUAUUUAAACAAGCAGGAAUUUUUUGCCGCGUUGCAGCUGGUGGCUUGUGCUCAGAAUGGAAUGGAGGUGUCACUCGGCAGCCUCAAGAAGGUGGUGCCCCCGCCGAGAUUUCAUGAUAUGGCAAGCCCCCCCCUGCUAGCCGCUCCGGUUCCUGUGGAUUCGCCGUGGCCUGUCAAGCCAGAAGAAAAAGCCAAAUAUGAUGCGAUAUUCGACAGUCUGAGCCCUGUGAAUGGAUUCCUGUCUGGGGACAAAGUGAAACCUGUGCUGCUCAACUCCAAGCUACCUGUGGAAGUCCUGGGUCGGGUCUGGGAGUUGAGUGAUAUCGAUCAUGAUGGAUUACUGGAUCGGGAUGAGUUUGCUGUUGCUAUGUUCCUGGUGUAUUCUGCAUUAGAAAAAGAACCUGUCCCCAUGAUAUUACCUCCUGCACUAGUGCCACCAUCCAAAAGGAAAACCUCAGGAGCUCCAUCAUCAUUGCCAAUCAUCCCACCUCUGCCUAUGCCUCCUUCUAAAGAGCCACGACAUUCAUUGCCACCUGUAGGCAUUCUGCCCACAAAAGCACCCGCGACACAGUGGGUUGUAUCACAUGUCGAGAAAGCAAAAUAUGAUGAGAUCUUCGUAAAACUUGAUAAGGAUCAAGAUGGCCUGCUGUCAGGGCUGGAAGUCAAAGAGAUCUUCCUGAAAACAGGAUUACCUCCAGCGCUGCUUGCCCAUAUCUGGUCUCUGUGUGACACAAAGGACUGUGGGAAACUAUCCAAAGAACAAUUUGCUCUGUCUUUUCAUCUCAUCAAUCAAAAGCUAUUAAAGGGCACUGAUCCCCCCCAGUCCCUCACUCCAGAAAUGUUACCUCCAUCCGAAAGAUCAUCCACACCCAUGAGGCCUGGUCCUUAUCCGAUGUGGAAUGUACCUUGUUCCUAUAUCCCGGGACCAGUAUGUGUCCCCUCGGCCCCCAGUCCUGUUUCUGAUUUCUCCGCCAUUAAGGAGCUGGACACGCUGAAUAAUGAGAUUGUGGAUUUACAGAGGGAGAAGACAAACGUGGAGCAGGAACUGAAGGAGAAGGAAGACACGGUGAAGAAGAGGACCAGUGAGGUUCAGGACCUGCAGGAUGAGGUGUUGCGAGAGAACGCUAACUUGCAGAAUCUUCAAGCUCAGAAGCUGGAGAUAGAAGAGGUCCUGGCCGGGCUCGAUGAACAAAAAGCAACACUGGAGAGCCAACUACAGGAGCUGCGGCUGCAGUGUGCAGAGGAGACCAAGCUGAUCUCUUUAUUGCAAACGGAGGUAUCCAGCCAGGAGACGCAGAUUUCCAGCUAUGAAGAGGAAGUGAGCAUGGCCAAGGAGGAACUGAACAGACUGCAGGAGGAGACUGCACAGCUGGAGGAGAAGCUGGAGCAAGGGAAGGAACGUCUCACACCCCUGGAGCACCAGCUGCUCGAAUGCAAGGAAGAGCUACGCUUAGCCAAACUUCAAGAUGUCAAGCCUACUGAGAACCAUGUAAAUGAUCAGUUUCAUAUCAACUGGCGUCACCACUUAGACCUGCCAGUGGUCAAUGGCACAGGAGAUCAUUCCAGUCUGAGUAACAGCAGCAGCGAGCCAGCAAAUCUUCAUGAAACGACCGAGUACGAAAGCUUAGCCCAGCCGGAAAAUCAUAGCCAAAGUUCCCCGGUGAGAAGCAGUCCAGAAAUCACCCAUACCUCAGGGAGCGAGGGGGAAGAAAAAGACGAGGCUCCCAGUGUGCCAGCCCCAGCCGAACAGGAAGUUACUUUCCACGUGGAUCCCUUUGAAGUGCAGCAAAGUGCACCUGCCGCACAGCCUGCCCCGGAAGCAGGGCUGGACUUCUUCCAAAAUGACCCUUUUGUUGGAAGUGAUCCCUUUAAAGAUGAUCCAUUUGGCAAAACAGAUCCAUUUGGAGGAGAUCCUUUUAAAGACUCUGAUCCUUUUGCCUCUGAUGUGUUCUUUAAACAGUCUCCAGCAGAUCUGUUCUCGUUGUCAAAAGCAGAUCCGUUUUCUUCUACAAGUGCAGACUCUUUACCAUCUGCAAAAGCUGAAAAAUCGGAUCCAUUCACCUCUUCAAAAGUUGAAGAGGCAGAUCCGUUCAUAUCCUCAAAAUCUGACCCAUUCUCCUCCUCCAAAGCCGAUCCCUUUUCCGAGGAUCCAUUUACAUCUUUCAAAGCAGAUCCUUUUUCUGCCCCGUUAUCAGACAGCAGCUUGCCCUCGAAUAAAGAUUUGAAGGCCAGUGACCCCUUCGCUCCUGGUGGUGGUACUUUUGUCCCAGCAACCAGUGAAACUGGACAUGAUGACCCUUUUGCUUCAGUCUUUGGAAACGAGUCAUUUGGUAGCGGUUUCGCUGACUUCAGUGCCCUUUCCAAGAACAGCAGCGCGGACACAUUUGAAGGCACACUGCCCCUAAACGAAAAAGAGACACUAAACAUCAUUAACACAUUUGAAGCGGAGUCUUCUCAGACAGACACUCCACCUGCAUUACCUCCGAAAACUGGAACUCCCACCCGACCAUGUCCGCCCCCGCCAGGCCAGAGGCCCUACUCUAAGCCAGAGGACUUGUUCAAGCAAGGAGACCCAUUCCAGGCAUUCAAUCUCAGCUUCCCCAGUGAAGUGGAGUCUGACAACUUCAUAGCCUUUAAAGGGACAGGCGAGGCCGGGAGUCAUAGUAGCUUUAACACUUACCAGUCUGAAGACGAUAUGAUCGAAUGGGCGAAGAGGGAGAGCGAGCGAGAGGAGGAGGAGAGACUACAGAGGCUAAAGCAACAGGAACAGGAGGACCUGGAGCUAGCGAUAGCUCUCAGCAAGUCCGAGAUCUCCGAAGCAUGAAACAUCCGGGCCAUCGGGUGUGAUAGGAAUAAAACUGUGUCGUUUCUAGAAAUAUUUAAAUAGUUUGCGACCUCUACCUAUGAAGUAUUUAAACGUCUCUACAAUCCUUGCUUGGCUAGAGAAGUCUCUGGCGUUGAAAAGGUAACGUCAUCUGCUUGUGUGUUGAACAUGGCUGAGGAGUGAUACUGUGUAUUUCUGUAUGCUGUUGUCCGACCUGUGCUCCAUAAAGGAGCUCUCCGCUCAGAAAUAAUACCCUCUGAUGCUUAGUACAUAGCCCGAGUGGGUGGAGCAGGACACUAGGAUUUAAGGAGUCCCUGUAUCAUGCACCACCGUCUCGGGCCCUGCCCCAGGUGGGUCGCAGUGUAUUGGUUUUGCCUGGAAUGCUCCUGCAAUAAAACUGUGCAGUGUUACUAGUUGCACCACGCUACAAACGGCUCCGUACAGCAUCUGAUACAUCCCAGAAAUUGGGGGGUUUCUCCAAAUAAAGCCUUUUGACGGUAAUUGUAAAUCCUUGAUUUUCUCCUUUUUCAUAUUGUUAAAAAUGAUAGUUUGCUUAUUUUGGCAAAGCUGGCUGACAACCCAUAUGAUUGCCGACAGGAGGGGUCACCAGACUCCCAAAUUGCAGAUCUACUAGGUUUUGCCAUGAUUGCUCCUUGGGAGUCCGGAAAACGGUGAUAACCCAAGUAGGGGCUGUAAUGACUUCCAUAUUUGUUGCCAUCAAGCAAUACUGAAUAGAAUUUGCAUAUGGAAAAGGACAGGUCAAUGAUUUGCAUACAAUGUUAGGGUGCAUUGACGGCACCGUAUGUAUUUUGCAUUCCACAAAUGCGGAUGCGCAAAAAAUACAGAUGACGCCUGUGUUGCAUCUGCUUUGUUUGCAGACCCAUUGUAACAAUGCCUAUUCUGGACAAAAAUUGGACAUGUUCUGUUUUACUUGUGGGGCUGCCCCGUGGAAAUGAAUGUAGUGCCCCAUAACUUGUAAAAAUCGCAGGUAUCUUUUGCCACCACUAGAGGGAACCAUUCUGCAUGCAAAUGUAUACAUCCCCUGUUAAUGACCUGAAUUGCAGCUGGAUACUGAUUUUCCCAUUUGUGGUGGCAACAGGCAACCACGAUGUGUGUGGAGGAACAGUCCUGUGUAUGAACGUGGUUCACCAUAGCCAUAUCAAGUAUUUUUGAAAAACUCACUAUCAUUUAUGCAGCCAUAAUAGACUGGUAGGUUCUCUUAAAGGGAUUCUGUCAUCAGAUUUGAGGCCUAUAACCUAAACAU